AUGGGUCACACCGUAGUUGUUUCGAACAAUGCCGAGGCAGGUACAACUAUUAUCCAGACCAAUGACGAAUUGAAACAAAAGCCGAAGAAAUGGUACUUCUACCUCUGGGACACGCUGGACAAGCCCAAGGAAGAACGCUGGUUCAUGUUUAAGCUUGAUGCCGCGUUGCUUACGUUUGCUUCGCUCGGCUACUUCAUCAAGUACCUCGACCAGUCCAACAUCAACAGCGCUUUCGUGUCUGGAAUGAAAGAAGAUCUGGGUCUGUACGGGAACGAGUUGAACUACAUGCAAACCUGCUGGACUGUCGGCUAUGUCAUUGGUCAAAUACCUAGCAAUAUCAUUCUCACCCGCGUCAAACCUUCGAUCUGGAUUCCGGCUAUGGAGUACAUCAUUGGCUCAUGGUAUCGAAAAGAAGAACUCGCCAAACGCUCGUGCAUCUUCCAUACUAGCAGUGCCAUCGCUACUAUGUUCUCUGGUUACCUCAUGGCAGGUGCAUACAAGCUUAAUGGUAAAGGCGGCCUCAGAGGUUGGCAAUGGCUCUUUGUCGUCGAUGGUAUCAUCUCGCUACCCAUCGCUCUGCUUGGCUUCCUCGUCCUCCCCGAUUUACCAGACACAUCGAAACCCUUUUACUUGACCGAGGAAGAACUAGCAUUUGCUCAAAAGCGCAUGCAACUCGAGGGACGAGAGAAACGACAGCCAUACACCAAAGCCAAAUUUCGCAAGAUCUUCACCAGCUGGCAUAUAUAUGCGCUUGUUCCGCUGUACAUUUUUUUCAACAAUGGCGGCUCGGGCAGUCAGCCAGUAUUCCAGCAGUAUUUGAAGGCGAGCAAGAACCCGAAAUACUCCGUCGGCCAGAUCAACACAUAUCCAACGGCAACGAACGCUGUACAGGUAGUGACCACGCUGAUGUAUGCUUGGACGAGCGACAGUAUCUUGAAGGGUUCUAGGUGGCCGCCACUCAUCUUUGGUGGGUGCAUGAACAUAUUAUGCUCAACGAGUCUUGCUAUCUGGGAUAUCCCGACGAAGUGGAAAUGGGCUUGUUAUAUUCUCUCCGGAUUCGGAGGCGGUCUAUCUGGCAUAUGUACGCACGACAACGAGGAGCGUGCCAUCGUUAUUGCAUCGAUGAAUGAAAUGGCAUACGUCGUGCAGGCAUGGUUGCCACUCAUUGUUUGGCAGCAAGUCGAUGCGCCGCAGUACCGUAAGGGCUUCAUCACUGUCACUUUCUUGAGCUUUGCGCUCAUCGUUACGGCUAUUGUGACUCGGGUACUACACGGGCGAGAGCUCGCCAAAGAGCGAACGGACCAAGAGAUUGCUUUCCAUCGGAGCAGCUCUAGUGAGGACAGCAGCGAGAUUGUUGGGACAAGCGAUCUAGAUAACAAGCCUUAG